AUGGACGGUGAUUUGUACGACGAGUUUGGAAAUUAUAUAGGACCGGACUUAGAGUCUGAUUCGGACGACGAACAGAGUGUGUAUGGGCAAGAUAACAGGGAUGCGGACGAAGAUGCUAUGGAGGAAGACGAGGACGCGGAUGCGGAGCCCGAGGCGGCGCCCAUGUCUGUUGUACUGCACGAGGACAAGCGAUACUACCCUCAAGCAGUAGAAGUGUAUGGACCAGAUGUGGAGACAGUGGUCCAGGAGGAGGACACACAGGCCCUGGACAAGCCUCUGGUGGAACCUAUUAAGCACAAGAAGUUCCAGGUCCAAGAGCAACAGCUUCCUGAAACCAAAUAUGAUAUGGAGUACAUGGCAGACAUGUUGGACAAUACCAAUCUCAUGAGGAAUGUCACUCUCAUGGGACACUUGCAUAAUGGUAAAACUUCAUUUGUAGACUGUCUGAUCAGACAGACACACCCAGGCACAAUAAACACAGACACAACAAUACCGAUGCGGUACACAGACACUCUGUUUGUGGAGCAGGAGCGAGGAGUCUCCAUCAAGUCCAUGCCUGUGACCCUACUGCUGAAGAAUAUCAAGGGAAAGUCACAUCUCCUGAACAUAAUGGACACUCCAGGGCAUGUCAACUUCAGUGAUGAAGUUACUGCUGCUUUGAGGAUAUCUGAUGGCGCGGUACUCUUCGUUGACGCAGCGGAAGGUAUUAUGCUGAACACAGAGCGACUCUUACGCCAUGCAGUGCAGGAGCGAGUGCCCCUGACGCUUUGCAUCAACAAGAUCGACCGCCUCAUACUGGAGCUCAAGCUGCCGCCCGCAGACGCCUACUACAAGCUGAGGCACAUCAUUGAUGAACUCAACUCCAUGCUGGAGACACACCAGCCUCAGGACAAUCCGGAUGAACCGCCUAUUGUGUUCUCGCCUUUAUUAGGUAACGUGUGCUUCGCGUCGUCGCUGUAUGACGUGUGCUUCAGCGUAGAGUCGUUUGCGGCAAUGUACGCGGCGGCGCACCCCUGCUCGGGGCUCCGAGCGGCUGACAUGGCGGCCUGGCUGUGGGGAGAUGUGUACUUCAACGCCAAGAACCGUCGGUUCACCAAGAAACAACCUCACGCAUCAGCUCAGAGAAGCUUUGUGGAGUUCAUUCUAGAGCCGCUGUAUAAGAUUUUUGCACAAGUGGUGGGUGACGUGGACGACACGCUGCCAGCCGUGCUGUCGGAGCUGGGCAUCAAGUUGACCAAGCAGGAGGCCAAGCUCAACGUGCGCCCGCUACUGCGCCUCGUCUGCAGUAGGUUCUUUGGAGACUUCUGUGGUUUCGUGGAGAUGGUGGUCCGGCACGUGCCGUCCCCGCUGGACGCGGCGGCGCGCAAGGUGUCGCACACGUACCGCGGCGCGGCCGGCCCGCUGCUGGACGACAUGCUGGCCUGCGACCAGGCCGGACGACUCGUCGCACACACCACCAAGAUGUACCCCACCGAUGACUGCACUUUCUUCUUGGUCUUGGCACGCAUAAUGUCAGGCACACUGUACGCGGGCCAGACGGUGCGUGUACUGGGGGAGAACUAUAGUACGCAGGACGAGGAGGACUCGCGGCUCAUGAACGUCGGACGACUGUGGAUAUACGAGGCGCGGUACAAGGUGGAACUGAACCGCGUCCCAGCAGGUUGUUGGGCACUGAUCGAGGGUAUCGACCAGCCGAUAGUGAAGACUUGUACAGUGGUGGCCAGUGACGAGGAUGCAGAGCUUCAUACAUUCACUCCGCUGCGUUUCAAUACACAGGCUGUUGUCAAGAUUGCUGUGGAACCUGUCAACCCUUCCGAGUUACCUAAGAUGUUAGAUGGUCUGAGGAAGGUGAACAAGUCGUACCCGCUACUGUCGACCCGCGUGGAGGAGUCGGGCGAGCACGUCAUACUCGGGACCGGCGAGCUAUAUCUGGACUGUGUCAUGCACGACCUGAGGAACAUGUACUCUGAGAUCGAUAUCAAAGUGGCGGACCCAGUGGUAUCAUUCUGCGAGACGGUGGUGGAGACGUCAUCGCUGAAGUGUUUCGCGGAGACUCCGAACAAGCGCAACAAGCUGACAAUGAUAGCGGAGCCCCUGGAGCGCGGCCUGGCCGAGGACAUCGAGGCCGGCGCCGUCUGCGUCACCUGGGACCGCAAGCGACUCGGGGAAUUCUUCCAGACCAAAUACGACUGGGAUUUACUAGCGGCGCGUUCUAUCUGGGCGUUCGGUCCCGACUCGACAGGACCAAACAUUCUGGUCGACGACACACUGCCCUCAGAGGUCGACAAACAUUUACUCUCUUCCGUCAAAGAUAGCAUCGUUCAAGGUUUCCAAUGGGGUACAAGAGAAGGUCCCCUGUGUGAAGAACCGAUCCGUAACGUGAAGUUCAAAAUCCUGGACGCAGUCAUAGCACAGGAGCCCUUACACAGAGGCGGUGGACAAAUUAUACCCACUGCUAGAAGGGUGGCAUACUCAGCGUUCUUGAUGGCGACCCCUCGCCUGAUGGAGCCCUAUCUGUUCGUGGAAGUGCAGGCCCCCGCCGACUGCGUGUCCGCUGUGUACACUGUACUAGCCAAGAGAAGAGGUCACGUAACACAAGAUGCGCCAGUCCCUGGGUCCCCAUUGUACACGAUCAAGGCAUUCGUGCCGGCGAUAGACUCAUUCGGGUUCGAGACGGACUUGCGCACGCACACACAGGGCCAGGCCUUCUGUCUGCAGGUCUUCCACCACUGGCAGAUCGUGCCCGGAGACCCGCUCGAUAAGAGUAUAGUUAUCAGGCCUCUAGAACCACAGCCGGCAACACAUUUGGCUCGAGAGUUCAUGAUCAAGACGCGACGUCGCAAGGGUCUUAGCGAAGAUGUCUCAAUCAAUAAAUUCUUCGACGACCCUAUGUUGUUAGAGCUCGCGCGGCAAGACGUACAACUGAAUUAA